UGUGCAACACGUGUCUUAUAUCGGAAUUAAAUGUUGUUGAGGGGUGGUUCAACGCAGGAAUUCAACAUUGAGAAGUUACAGAUUGUAGAAGCUGAAAAGAAGAAAAUUCGGCAGGAGUUUGAGCGUAAGGAGAAGCAAGUGGAAGUUCGCCGUAAAAUUGAAUAUUCAACGCAGCUGAAUGCUUCCCGAUUGAAGUUACUGCAAGCACAGGACGACCUGGUCCGCAAGAUGAAAGAAGCAGCUGAGAAUCAGCUGCGGAAUGUUGGGUCUAGUGAUAAUGAGGAUUAUCCCCAACUUCUAGAAGCACUCGUCAUCCAGGGUUUGUUGAGGUUGAAAGAGCAUUCAACACAGCUGCGGUGCCGUGAGCAAGAUCUUGAGAUGGUGCAGUCAGUGAUCGAAUCAGCGAAGAAGGCAUACGCGGAGAAACUGAAUGUCGAUGUACCGGAGGUGUUUGUCGACGAGGAGCAUUUCCUUCCUGGGCCACCAGGGUCAUCUAACCACGGCUCUUCCUGUACAGGAGGAGUGGUGUUGGCUACCAAGGACGGUCGCAUCGUCUUGGAGAAUACUUUAGAUGCACGCUUGGAAGUUGUGUUCAAGCAGCAGUUGCCUGAGAUCCGAAAGCGUUUAUUCCCCUCAGGCGGGCAAGCAGGUGCCUAGGCAUGUUAUUUUCCUUGAAUAAAAAUAAGUUAACAACUUUCAGAACAGUUGUCGAAAAGUUUUCCUUUACAAUUGAGUGGUUCUCUGUCGCUGGUCUUACAUCAGAACGAUUAUUGUAAUCUUACACAUUUGUAGUUCAUCUCUGCCACAUCAACGCCUUUGAUCUCUAUAUAAGUUGGAAAGAUGGGUUCGACGCUGAGUAAUGAAUGCAUGGCAUUUCGUGUGCUCUUGCCCACCAACUUCUUAAGUUGAUAACUAUGAGUAUCAUUGACUGUUAUGGUCAUAUUCGGCAAUGGAAUCCAGAACUGAGCAUUGUGUGACCUCUAGUUCAAGUCUUUACAUC